AACACGGGACAGCAACAGCAGCAGCAGCAAUUCCCUUUCCUUUCACUACUUUAAUUUUCCCUUCGCGUUUCCAGAAAAGUAAAAGCUCCUCCCUCCAGUCUUGGAUCCUAACAAUGGAUCUUCUCCAAAACUACCAAAACGACGGAGAAUUAGACCAAAACACUAAUUCCUCUCCGGAUGCAUCCCCUCCACGUCUCCUCCCUUCCAAAUCCGCCGCUCCCAAGGUGGACGACACCAUGCUAGCCCUAACAGCAGCCUAUCAAAUGCUCUCUAAACCUAUCGACCCCGUACAGCACGUCGUCGCUUUCAACCCUACCUACGACCAGCUGUGGGCUCCGGUUUUAGGCCCCGCCCAUCCCUACGCCAAGGACGGCAUUGCCCAGGGCAUGCGCAACCACAAGCUCGGCUUCGUCGAGGACGCCGCCAUUGAUUCCUUCGUCUUCGACGAGCAGUACAACACUUUCCACAAGUAUGGCUACGCGGCUGACCCCUCUGCUUCUGAAGGUAAUAAUUAUAUUGGUGAUUUGGAUGUUUUAGAAACAAAUAAUGGGAUUUCUGUUUAUAAUAUUCCGCAACACGAACAAAAGAAGCGAAAGAUUGAGAAGAAAACGGAAGCUGUUGAGGAUGAAGAUGAUGGAAUGGACAAGGAAGAGGUUGAGAAUCCGGCUACGGAUGCGUGGUUGAUGAAGAAUAGGAAGAGCCCUUGGGCUGGUAAGAAGGAGGGGUUACAAACUGAGUUGACUGAAGAGCAGAAAAAAUAUGCGGAAGAGCACGCGAGGAAGAAGGAGGAGAAAGCUGGUGGUGAAAAAGGUGAGCUUGUUGCUGAUAAGACUACUUUUCAUGGUAAAGAAGAGAGGGAUUAUCAAGGGAGGUCGUGGAUUGCGCCACCUAAAGAUGCUAAAGCUAGUAAUGAUCAUUGUUAUAUACCCAAGAGAUUGGUGCAUACAUGGAGUGGCCAUACUAAAGGAGUUUCUGCUAUAAGGUUUUUCCCUAAACAUGGCCAUUUGAUACUUUCUGCGGGUAUUGAUACGAAGGUGAAGAUAUGGGAUGUGUUUAAUUCGGGAAAGUGUAUGAGAACUUAUAUGGGUCAUUCUAAGGCUGUCAGGGAUAUUUCAUUUUGUAACGAUGGCUCCAAGUUUUUAACUGCUGGUUAUGAUAAGAAUAUUAAGUACUGGGACACAGAGACGGGCCAGGUUAUCUCUUCGUUUUCGACUGGGAAGAUUCCAUAUGUUGUUAAGCUCAAUCCUGAUGAUGAUAAGCAGAAUAUAUUGUUGGCGGGUAUGAGUGAUAAGAAGAUUGUGCAGUGGGAUAUGAACACAGGGCAGAUUACUCAGGAGUAUGACCAGCAUUUGGGGGCAGUGAAUACCAUCACAUUUGUGGAUAAUAACAGGAGAUUUGUUACUUCAAGUGAUGAUAAAUCACUCCGUGUAUGGGAAUUUGGGAUCCCUGUUGUUAUUAAGUAUAUUAGUGAGCCUCACAUGCAUUCUAUGCCAUCGAUCUCUCUUCAUCCCAAUAUGAAUUGGCUUGCUGCGCAGAGUUUGGAUAACCAGAUCCUUAUUUAUAGUACCAGGGAAAGAUUCCAGUUGAAUAAGAAGAAGAGGUUCGCUGGUCACAUUGUGGCUGGUUAUGCUUGUCAAGUCAAUUUCUCACCGGAUGGAAGAUUUGUAAUGUCAGGAGAUGGUGAGGGUAAAUGCUGGUUUUGGGACUGGAAGAGUUGUAAAGUUUUCAGGACCCUCAAAUGUCACGAGGGAGUCUGCAUUGGGGCUGAGUGGCAUCCGCUGGAGCAAAGUAAAGUGGCCACUUGUGGCUGGGAUGGAUUGAUCAAAUACUGGGACUAGUUGCUUUCAGAUCUGACUUGGCACAUAUAUCAGUUGAGCAACCCACUUCAUACACCCUGCCAGAGAUAUAAUAAAGAUAUCCUGAGGAAUAGAUGAGUGGAAGAACCAAACUAGUUUCUUCUAUCCAGAAAUUUAUGUGCAGCAAUUGGUGAGAAUUGAUUGAGGACCAUUGAGAAACUCAUCCCAACGUUUGCAAGUUAGUCAUUUUUUUACUGAUGUAAACUAAAUAUGUAACUUUCUUAAAAGGUCCUGAGUUUUUUUGGCAGUUCUCACCUAAAUUUUCAACAGUUGAUA